GGCGCAAUCGGGCUUGGUCGUCCUCCACAUGUGCUUUCCCCCCCCCCUUGCUUUUCCUGUUUGUCCAUCUCUCUCCCUCAUCCGCUCAACCUCAGCAUGUCCCAAACCUCUUCCAACCUCAAAGUCCUGAUUGUCGGCGCCGGAGCCGUGGGCCAGAUCUAUGGACACCAUCUGCACCUCGGUGGCGCCAACGUCCACUUCCUCGUCCGGGACUAUCAGGCAGAAGGAUUCCGCACCAAGCCGAUGCGACUGCAUCGCAUCCGUGCUCCUGGGGAGGGCCUCUUUUCCAAGAAGGAGACCAAGACAACGCUCCUGGCCUUGCCGCCCGACGCAAUCCACAGCCAGAAGGAUGUGCAGGACAAGUCACUGCCCAAAGACUUUGACUGUAUCAUCAUAACGGUGUCGUCGAACGCCCUUCGUGGCCAAUGGAUCAUUGACCUCAUCAAGCAUAUCCAAUCCUCGGCCGUCAUCUAUAGCUUCGGCCCUUCCUUCCACGACGUCGAGUUUAUCAAGCGCGAAUGCAACAUCGACACCGAGCGAGUCGUCCGCUCCUCCAUCAGCGUCGUCGCCUGGCAAGCCCCGCUCCCGAACGAGCGCUUCAGCCCGAUUUCAGAGCAAGAGUUUCAGGUUGGAGCAGCGGAGGGCGCCAAUGCCCUCAUUGCCUACUUCUCAGGCGGCCCCCAGGGUCUCAGCAAAACCGACAACGCCGACACCGAAGCCACCAGCAAGCAGCUGAUUUCGUACUUCAAUACCGGCGGGCUCCCGACCCAGCCCGUUACCAACCUUCCGCAGCUCAGCCGAUUCAUGGUCGGGGUUCUGGUGCCUAUCCUUAUCGGACUGCAAAGCGCCGAAUGGAGCUUCCAGAAACUGAGCCAGGACCGUGCUCUGCUCAACAAGACCGUCCGGGCCUCUCGCGAAGGCAUCAACCGCAUCCGCAACAUCUACAGCGUGCCCGAUCUCGGAUGGGCCCUGUGGUUUGCCCACGCCCUCAUCUUUGCGACGACACUCCGGAUCGUCAUGUUUGUGCUGCCGCGCAUCGCCAGCUUUGACAUCGAGACCUUCCUGGGAUACCAUUUCACCAAGGUGCAAGACCAGACGAUCCUCCAUGCCGAAGAAGAGCUCGCUGCCGCCCAUGCCGCCGGUCGCGAUGAUCUCGUCCUGGAUCUGGUGACGCUCUUGAACACCAACCCGCGCUGGCUCGAGCAGCAGUCCCAGAAAGCUUCGGCUGCCUCCGACGAGCAGUGAUUGCGGCGGAUUGAGUGGUUUGCGACACGAUGUACACUUAAUUCAGGCGGAAAUGGGACACUUGCCCAUAACCCAUAUGUCAGCGUAGUAUGCGAUGGCAUGCGUCAAGCAAAGCCACAAGAAAUAAAACAGAUCACUUUGGCAGCCCCCGAGUGAACACCGCCGGUCGCUCUCCGGUCUCC